GUCGAGUGAUCCGCCCUCCCCUCCCCCUGGCCACCCGCCGUAAGUCCGCUACAUCCCGUGCACCUCACCUGCAGCUACUAUAAUGCCUCGCACGCCUCGUGUUGCACCUUCGAAGGUCACCAAACUGGAGUGUCGCCUCUGCGGCAAGACCCUCUCUGGACAACGGGACCUUUCCCGACACCUCCUUCUUCACUUAGAAGACAAAUCUGAGCGCAUGCACCAGUGCGGCCAUCCCGGAUGUACAUACCGCACUCUCCAGAAGAGCAACCUAAGAACGCACAUGUAUAAGCACUCUGGCGAGAAGCCACAUAAGUGCCCCGACAUCGAUCCUGAGCACGGCGCGCCAUGUUCGUUCCGCACUGCGGAUCCAUCUUCUUUGACUCGUCACCGUGUCAGGAAGCACGGAUACCUACCUUCACUGCGCGCAGCUCGCGACCACAAAGAAGAAGCCCGUGUCGGGAUGACUUCAUGGUCUUUCGUCGAUCUUUCCUCCCCCAGUUCCAGUCCCGAACCUGCGAGCCCUCACAACUCCUACUCGAGCUCCGGAGGAAGAAGCACAUACUCAACCCCAUCUUCUUCGGUCGCUUCCAGUCCCGUCCCUUCCUCCCCUCCGUGCUCCGAAUGGAGCGACUCGUCUGAUGACUCGUCGCUUCCUCCGACUCCGUGCGACUCCCCUUUCCCUUCUUGUGUCCCUAAUAGUGAUGCGUUGCCCUCAAAUAUGUCGUCCCCUGUUACCCAGCGCCUCUCGGACACCCAGCCGUCUGGGUGGGUUUUGGCGGAUGAGACGAUAGAGGAACUCUUUGCCAACGGCACGUGGAUUGACCUAUGCGCCCUAGCUGCAAGCGAUCGCUCAGACACCGCACUAAACCUGAACACCGAUACUGAGACCUGCCGCGCUACCACACUCACGCUAGAGCUCACGAGGCCUCUCAGCGAGGAAGUUUCACCCGCGCCGCCUUUCCAAUCCUUCGAGACGCCAGCCAUGAGCUCGGCUGCAUCCUCAUCCACCUCUUCUGCUCUGCCCUUGCUUCCUACCAUCACCCUCGAUAGCUCUAAUUUCAACUCCCUCGAUUGGCCCUCCGUAGACUGGUGUAAUUUCGGAGAAUUGACCGAAUCUCCUCGCACGUCUCCGGAACGAGUGUCCUCCUCGCCAUCUUUCCAGGUGCCUUCCAUCGACCUAUCUCCUGCGACACGGUUCCGUCAACUUGCUGCGCUCGCUAUCCCGCAACCUUCUGCACCCGCCGUGUACUUCAGCCUCGAGGAGAUGCUCUAUGGCCAAACAUGGUGUGCUUAACACGUUUCAUUACAUCAACAACUUUAUUUCGCAUCCACGACCGGUUCUUAUAGCAUAGCAUGCUCAGGAAGCGCUGCACAGCAUCACUGUAUCAUAUCAGAUCAUAUCUACUGGAUUUAUGUAUAAUAGUAGUCUACGGAUAGAUGUACAUUAACAGCAUAUC